UGAUGUCACGAAGUCCGUGCUGGCUUGUACGAUGUAAUCACUUCAGCUAUCCGGAAGAAGCUUAUAUAGCAGUGAGGUAGCAUUAUGGCGCUAGUUUAUCGGACUUUCUCUUGGGGGUCAUCAGUUUGUGACUAAGUGCAUCGUCUUCCAAUCGAUCUACCUGUAUCAGCGGUGUCGCGUGAACACAUGCGGAGCAAACUGACGUCUGAAGCGAAUUCCAUGUUCUCGUAGGACGUGUUUUCUUCUAUGUGAAGCUGCAUGUAAUAGUGAAACAGCUGUUCAUAUCAAAAUAAACGGGUUAAGGUUAGCCUGCUAUUAACUCUUACGAAGCCAUGGGGAACGGAAUGAAUAAGGUUAUUGAUGGUCUUUAUCUUGGAAAUAUAAGAGAUUCAGAGAAUAGAGACAGCCUUUCCAAGAAUGGGAUUACACAUAUUCUCUCAGUCUACAACAAUGCCAAGCCAGCCCUGGAGGAUAUGACCUACCUUUGUAUUCAUGCAGCUGACGCCUCCAGCCAGAACCUGUCACAGCACUUCAAAGAGUGUAUCAGUUUCAUUCAUGAGUGCCGACUAAACAGAGGGGCUUGCCUUGUGCAUUGUCUGGCCGGGGUGUCUCGAAGUACCACCAUGGUUGUGGCCUAUCUGAUGACUGUCACUAACUACGGAUGGGAGGACUGCCUGUCGGCAGUCAAGGCUGUGCGUUCCUUUGUUGGCCCCAACCAUGGAUUCCAGCAGCAGCUUCAGGAGUUCCAGAUGAAACAAGUCUCUGAGUACCGCACCUGGUUGCGGGCAAGCUACCAGCCCAGUCCCUUCAAAGAUCAGGAGCAGGUGGAGGCCCUGCUCAGCCAGUAUGCUGAGCAGCAACAAAAGGAGAGCGAGCGCAGAGGAGACCCGUCUUGGAUGGACCAGGCCUCAGGAGUCUACCCACUACCCUACAACGCCUACGGCUCAGGCAGCAGCAGCUGAGGGGGUGGAGCUGCAGCCCAGGGUUGAGCCGGCUUUUAAGUUCAACAGAGAAUCUCCCCCCAGUUAGCUUGAACUGAGCAUCUGAACACAGUCACCCUGAGAUCAUCAGCCCGUCCUGGAAUCAGACUGAAGACACCCACACACACCGUAGAAACCAAAACUACAGGAAUGUAAUAUCUCAUAUAUAUGCUCCUCACUUAAAGUGUCAUGUUUUGAAGCAAGUGAUCGAUCACGCUGUAUACCUCCUUUAUGUCAGGGUGUGGAAAUUGUGAUUUGUUUGUGUUUGGCUGCUAAAAUCAGGACUUCAAUGAUCUAGGACUAUGAAGUAAUGAAAUAGAUCACAGCUACAUGACUGAAGUAUCAGUGGACAGACAGAUGGUGUUGUUACAGAUGAAGACCGUUGAAGAGAGCAUACAUACUGGGGCAAAGAGACUCCCACAUGCUACGCAACUGCCACUACAUUUAUCAGUACCCAACGUUUUUUUUAAGGUAUAAUUUAAAAAAAAUUGUAUGGUACUUAUUCAGCUGUAUGAUAUACAUGUAUCAGAUUUUUUUUUUUCAAUUACAAUUUAUACAAUGUAAUUUAAAUAUAUAUAUAUAUAUUUACUGGUAAAUAAAAUAAUAUAAUUUGUACUCAGUGUUCAGACUUCAUUUAACACACUUUCAUUAAAAAACAGAACUGAGAGUUCGAGGAUUUUUAGUUG